AUGUUGAAAGAGCGAGGUCGGUGUGACCGACGCCUGGAUUGCCGAGUCCACAUUGGUGGAGAAGAUGAGCGAUACAUCGUUGCCCGUGCGGUUGGGAGAGGGUCAAGCGGCAAUGCCGAGGACCUAGGGCUAGCCACCGGCGUAUACUCGGUAACCUCCAUUGGUGAAGGAGUCGUGACUAAACCGAUGUCAGCGUUCAGCGAUUCUUCUAAUGAAGAGGAGCCUCGCUCUGAUGCUUCACGAUCCUGUGCUAAGGGAUCAUUGUCGCUACGGCAUGUGACUGCAGCGGCCGUAUUAUCAGUGGAGUCAUGA